AUGACCACGCUGACUUGCGUUUUUGGCGCCUUUGUCCUGGGUGGCGGACUCAUGGGCUACAUCAAGAAGGGGAGCACCACCUCCCUCGUGGCAUCCACCGCUGUGUCGCUCCUCCUCUUCGUGUCAGCUUCACUCAUGGGGCGGCCCGACCAGCGCAUCGGCAGUCUUUUGGCUCUCGGAACAUGCCUGGCGCUCGGCGCCCUCAUGGGAAAGCGCUACAAGGACUCGAGGAAGGUGUUUCCUGCAGGCGUUCUGACCGUCCUGUCCAGUGCCAUGGCCAUCGGGCACCUGAAGACCCUGUUGUGA